AUGGCACUAUGGAAUAUGGAUUUUGGUGUUCUGCUUUCUUUGCUCCUCUUCGGCUUCCUAAUUUCUCCUUCUUCAGGUAAACCUGAUGGAGUGUGCAUUUCCCCGGGUGGCCGGUUUCCUCCAUUCUCAUCUGAAGGGAAACCUCCAAGAAAAGUAAAUAGGGGUCCCAAAGAUUUGACUCUUUGCAGGGUGUUCCGUAGGAACACAUGUUGUGAUGUUGCCCAAACACAUCCAGCUUUGUUAUCUAUAAGAAGGUUGGCUUCUGCAGGAGAAGCCAGCCAAGAGUGCAUGCAAUUAUGGGAGCUUUUGGAAUGCUCCAUCUGUGAUCCACAUGUUGGUGUUCAGCCUGGACCUCCUGUUGUAUGUGCUUCUUUUUGUGAUAGGGUCUUUCAGGCUUGCUCAAAUGCGUAUUUCUCUAUGGAUCCAAAGACCCUGGUCCUGUCUCCAUGCGGAUUAAGUGACUUUGUUUGUGGUAGAGCUUCUGAGUGGGCCUCUAACGGUACAGAGCUCUGCCAACAUGCAGGUUUUACUAUUAAAACGUCUGAGGAAAGCCACCAGGGUACUGAGGAACCAUCUUGCUACGGAGGGAAAGCCAGUUUAGAUUCCAUUGCAGAUUCAUGGAAAGCUUCACAAUCUGGGGUGUCUCAGAAGGUUGAGAACGCAGGGUUAUUUGAAGAUUUUAAGCAGUGGUUGAGGGAAAUGCCAUUUAGUGAAAGAGUAUCAUGGGCAGUUGGAGGGAUGGCGCUCACAACGGGACUUUUGUUUGUGAGCAAAAGGAAGAGCCACAACAAGCACCAAAAGCAAGCAGCAAUUCUUCGCACUGCUAAGAGACUGGAAGCUAAGAUGAGCCAGCAGCCGACUCCAACUAGUCAACGGAAAAGGAAGUGAAGAAGACACCGAGAUCUUUUGUGACACUCCGCAAACAUUUCCUCUGUUAAUUUAUCGGUUAGCCUUACAAUCUUUCAUUAUCAUCUAUAGUGUUGUUUUCUUACACAGUAUCGGUGAUUAAUUAAGAGCUUAAUUUUUCAAUUUUGGUUCAA